AUGGUGCCCUUGGCCAACGCCAUUCUGAGCCCGAGCCAGACCAUGGACCUGCUGCACCCGAUCUGCCUGGCAUCAUGUCCACAGGAUCGCAGCACUUUCCAUCCCUGCCUUUCGGACAUUGAAACGCAGCGGCAGGUUCCGAGGAACUUCGAUGGCAGCUUUUGGGUGAACAACACCUACAUCUCGCAUCUGGUCCAAGACAUCGAGACGAUGCUUUUUGCGCAGCGCUUCUGCUUGCCGAAGGACAACUUCCUGGUGGAGCAGCUCAAUCAGACGCUGAGUGGCUCGAUGAAUGCAGUGAUGUACAAGGCGCAAGAAAUUGUGGAUGCGCGCCGCGUCUACAUUCUGGCAGGAGGCAUGGCCAUCCUCAUGUGCUACGUGUACCUUUUUGCCAUCGACCUCCUCGCAGCGCCGAUCAUCUACAUCAUGCUCUUCCUUGCCACCGGCGGCUCCUACGCCACAUCGCUUUAUUUCUUCUAUGCAGCCUUGCGCGUCGACCUAGGCGCGGCCCUCGCCGUGGAAGUCGAGGCCUUGCCUCUGGUAGAGAGUACCAAUGAUCGAAACUGGGACCUGGUCAUUGCCAUCGUGUGCCUGGUACUCGGCAUUGCGGCCACCUGCUUCUGGUGCUGCAAGAAGAGCUCCAUCAGCUUCGUGAUUGCUGCAGUCAAGGCGACGAUUCGAAUACUUUACGACGUUCCGCAGCUUAUCUUGCUCCCCGCGGUCGGCGCUGUUAUUCGUGGGCUAGUCUUCAUCAUCUUCCUGUGGGGCGGCGCGCUGCUUGUCUCCGCUGGAGAGAUUGAACAGGUGGACCUCAGUCAGUAUGUGCCCAAGGGCAUAGCAAGGUCCUUUACGCACACUCAAGAUCAAACGAUGUACAUUGUGUACUAUUGCUUCGUUGUCUUCUGGAUGUGGGAGUUUCUCCUGGCUCUGGAAACCUUCGUGGCUGCCUAUGCAGUGGUGGUCUGGUAUAAUGCGCCAGUGUCAGAUGGAAAGAAACGGGUUCCCUGCUUUCCUGUGGUCAGGGCCUUCCUCAUGGGACUGUCCUACCACUUUGGAAGUUUGCUUUUCGGAGCGGUUAUCCUGGCAAUCUUCCGUUUUGCCUACGUGCUCGUGUCCUUGCUUGAGUCACAGGCUGCGAUAGAGGGCUAUGGAGGGUCAGGGGCAACAGAAGCUGCAGGGAAGACACGCUGCGAGCAGAAGAGCUUCCAUGAGCUGCUUCCAUCCACAGCAUACUCGGCUUCUCAGCGCGAACCUUCGGCCUUUGCUUUCUUUCGCUGA